CAACAGGUAGUGGGGUGAGGUAUUCAAUGCGAGUGUCGGCGUUGGUGUUCCAGCCGUACGAGACUCACACCUGUUUGCCGUCUGCCAUGACCUGCUAGAUCCACACUUUAUGGUCAUCCUUUCAACACACAGGAAAGUCGCUGCAACCAUGACGAUGCGCCGCCUCCUUGUGCUCUGCUCCAUCUUUGCCAUGAGUGUAAGGGCCACCAUCAGUACAGACGCUUCUGAUGAAACACAACGGAGUAAAAUGGAGACUUCAGCUUCAGCCGCGGGAGAGCCACAGAGCCUCGCGACGCCGCCUCCUGGGCUGGACCUCCUCCCCACCAACACUGAUGGAGGAUCAGCUGAGAACGCACAGCUCCUCAAGCCCAGCCGCGAUUCAGUUCCUCAGAAAGAUGCCUGGUCGCUAGCUGGCAAGCAGUGGCACGUAGAUGUAAAGAGAGAUAUCAGUGACCCUGUAAACGUGGUGGAUGCCUCUGGUGACCUGAAAGAAACGGUUUACGAUGAGGAGGACGUCGGUGAUAUCGUGAGCGACGUCUCCGAUACAUACAACGAAGAUGAUUCUCUGAUGUCUGCCAGAAACGACCUGCUCUCCGCCCCGACAGAGUUCCUCGACAGCCUCGACGUCCCAGUGUUCCCGGAAUAUCCUUCGAAGCGAGGAGGACCCUACUGGGUGGCUCGAGGCAAGAAGGGCAUACGCGACUACAUUCCCUUCUACUGGGGUUCCAAUCAGAACAUUCUCGGUAAAACUGCCUUCAGUCGAUCUGCCCUAACGCAGCUGCUUCCCCUCCGACCCAGCAGUGCCCUUCAGAGCGAGAGAAGUGGCACGGAAGCGUCUCCCCGCAUUACAAGUUCCGGUUGGGAGUCUAACCAAAACUUUUGGGGCAAAAGGAACAACGGUCCCUUCUGGAUUGCUCGAGGAAAGAAGGGACGUGAUGAUGACCCCCCUGUGCCGGAGCGCAAGUGGUACACCGGGAAUCGGUCUUGGGGCUCAAAUCCCCCUUACUUUGGGAAGAGAAACACUUUGCCAGAUGCUCGAUUUCCAGCAAAACAGUUAAUUGCCCAAACUGUGGACAGAAGAGAUGGCAAUGGACCCUUCUGGCUGAGUCGAGGCAAACGAUCGCAGAUUCUAAACGAAGAAUUUACUCCCUGGAUGCUUGAAGAGCUCAGCAAAGGCCAGUCGAAGAACUUCUGGACAGCACGAGGCAAGAAAGAAGAGGAAGGCGGGACCAGGCCUUUCUGGAUCUCAAGAGGAAAGAAGAAAGAGGGGAAAACUGUGACCCGAGGAGCGGCAACCAAGGACGUCACCAAUCCAUUCUGGGUUUCAAGAGGCAAGAAAAACCCAAGACCAUUCUGGGUCGCGAGAGGGAAAAAGGACAAAGACAGCGGGAUCUGGGAUAAAGAAGGGAAAACGGAUAAGCCAUUUUGGAUUGCCAGAGGGAAGAAAGGGACUAUUUUCAGUGAGAAGAGAGAUGAAAUGACUGACAGUCCACUCAAAGACGGAAGAUGUAAGAAAGAAAAGGAAGACAAUUAUUUUUUGGUCGCCAGAGGGAAGAAGGAAAGAGAAGAUAAUCCCUUUUGGGCUGUGAGGGGAAAGAAAACUGUAGUGAACAAUCCAUACUGGAUAUCUAGAGGAAAGAAAGGAGAUGCAGAUGACAUAUUAGACAAUCCAUUUUGGGUUACACAGGGGGGCAAAGUAGGGGACGAGAAGCCCUUCUGGGUCGCCAGAGGGAAAAAGAGGCCCCCUUCUGGUCGUAGUGAACCCCUUCUGGGUCGCCAGAGGAAAGAGGCCUACGCACGACCCGGCGGAAAACGGAGAGGGACCUUUCUGGGUAGUUCGAGGCCGCAGGGACGACGACCAGAAGACCCAACAAGGACACUCGGAGCAGCUUCUGCAGUUCCUGGAUGGCUGGUCCCGGCCAGGCACUCCGAAUUCCAAGAAAUUAGUCCUGACCAAGAUCUCUGUCCCUUAAAGAUGAAUCACGGAGAUAACAUGCUGCCCCCGAGUGAUUAG